CUGAUUUGAAAGAAAUCUUCCUAUUUAAUCUCUAAACUCUCGAAUUUCGAACCCAAAUCGGAAUUUGCGCCAGAUUCGAAGCAGCUUCACCUCCCCCUUUUUUUAUCACUCUUCUCUCUCACCCUCAUCAUCAUCCAAAAUGGUUGGCGGUGCACCUGGAGCGAGCUCACGCGGCCGUGGUGGCAAGUUCAGAAAAUUCACCAGAGGAGGCGGCAAGCACUUCUCUCGUAAUCUCCAACCUAUCGACUCCGAAGGAAAUGCCGUGAGCAUGUGGAGCGGAGAAGGCCAGGAGAAGGACGACGAGUCCGAAGAAUCAUCCGAAGAGGAGUCUGAAGAGGAAUCCGAAGAGGAGGAAGGCAGCAAAGUCCCGGCCCAAGUCGCCGAAGCCAACCGCGAGGACCGAAGAGCCCAGAAAAAGGCCCGGAAAGAGGCCGCCAUAGCAAAGGCAAAGGCUGCUGCGGUCGAGGUCGGCGACAUGCCCCCUUCGAGCGACGAGGAAAGCGACGACGGCGCCGAUCUGCCUGCCAACCCGAACCACUCUUCAUCAGCCCGCAAACAGGCUAGCAAACCUUCCGGUGUCGAAGAGAUCACCGCGGGCGUGAAGAGGCUUCCGGCGAGCCGGCGCGAGAGAGAAGCUGCUGAGGCGGCCGCCGCAAAGGAGAGAUACAUGAAGCUGCAUGCCGAGGGCAAGACGGACGAGGCCAAGGCGGAUAUUGCCCGUCUCAAGGCCAUCCGUGCACAGCGCGAGGCUGACGCCGCUAGAAGACAGGCUGAGAAAGAAGAGAAAGACGAGCGAGACAGGGAAAGGAAAGCUGAGAUUGAAGCCAGAGAGGCCAAGUUGCGAGCACUGGCUGCUGGAACUCCUGCGACGAAGAAGAGCAGCAAAAAGAAAUAAACAAAAGAGAAUGUUAUCCUAGCUUUAGUUUCUUCGUGGAUAUCUUGGCUUAGCAGAUAUGAGCCGCUAUAUUCAAUACAUACUCUUCAUAACAUUGAGACAAUGCGACAUGGUGCUAUCCAAAACGCAAUUGGAUUGCUGAAUGUCUAUACUUGCAAAUCAAGAC